AUGAACUUCCUCAAUCCACUCAAACCCAAGGCGGCUGUUCCCGAGAUGCAGCCUGCAUCGGACGGACCCCUUGUGUGGAUUGACUGUGAAAUGACGGGGCUGGACCCGGACAAGGAGGAAAUCAUUGAGAUAUUUUGCAUCAUCACGACCGGAAACCUGCAAGUGAUCGACCCCGAGGGCUGGGGCUGCGUGGUGCACCAGACCGAGGAGCGAAUGGCACAGAUGGAUGACUGGUGCACGCGGACGCACAGGGAUAGCGGCCUGACGGCGGCGGUCAUCCAGUCGACAACGACGGCGGAGCAGGCGGCAGAAGAGUUACUCGCCUACAUCCGGAAGCACGUCCCGAAGCCCAAGACGGCGCUGUUGGCCGGCAACAGCGUGCACGCGGACCGGUCGUUCCUCAACAAGGCGCCGUACCGCAGGGUGGUCGACCAUCUCCACCACCGCAUUCUCGACGUCAGCUCGCUCAAGGAGGCGGCGAGACGUUGGUGCCCGUCGCAGGUUGUGGAUGGCGCUCCCGCCAAGCAGGGCCUUCACCAGGCCAAAGAGGACAUCCUCGAGAGCAUCGACGAGGCCAGGUAUUAUCGGGAGGCCAUCUUCGGAUUGGCAUGGAGACGGGAAGGUGACAGUGCCCAGGAGACGCCCAUCAGCGAGCGCGACGAGGACGAGGCGUGGGCAGAUAACCUGCUGUAG